UAUGUCUCAUGGUUUAUGAGAUCAGAUCUAGGUCCUAUCUUUCCACCGGAUCACCCGACAGGCCAUCCAGGCCCAUGGAGACAUGGAGACCGAGAUGAGGACCAGGGAUCCAGGUCAGAGGAGCCAGAGGAGGGAGAGGGUUAUGAGGAGGCGGGAGAUCUUGAUCCACCUACAGGCGAUCAGCCCAGCGCCGAGGAGGAGGAGGACACAGAUAGAGAUGAGGACGAGGAGGAGAGAACUGAUGAUGAGGAGAACGAGGAUGCAGAUGAGGAUGAGGAUGCAGAUGAGGAUAGAGAUGAUGAGGAGGAGUUAGAUGCAUCUCCUCACCAUUCAGGGGAUGAUACCAUAGCUCUGGAUCCUCCUCUUAUUCCCCAACAGGGGGAACAUGAGGCGAUACGGAGACCUGUUCCUAGUACCGUCCAGCCUACACCCAUCGUGCACAGAUUAGUCGAGCGAGGGGAGCCUAGUAGAUCCCAAUCACAGAUGCUACCAUAUCAUGAUCCCUACUGGCGUGAGGGAGACCCAGCUAAUGUGCAGGAGUGGCGUUCCCUGAUUCAGCAGGCAGUGACAGACAUUUCCACGAUAGCACAGAUCCCCAGUUCCUCACAGAUUGCCUAUAGGCCUCAGGGGAACGUGGGUCGGCAUGAGGACUUGUUUUCCCCAUUCCGAGUACAGGUAGACAUAUGGAGGGAGAGAGAGAGAGUCUUAUCAGAGGACCUUCAGCGGGUGCAGCGAGAUCUAGCAGCAGCUCAGGCCGAGGCUACCACCUAUCGCGCGAUCCUUAUGGAUAGGGAUUGUAGGAGUUCCUCUCGGAGUCACUCACGGUCUGUAUCACGCUACACACCCAUGGGUCCACCUUCACGGCCAGAUCAGGAGGGAGCGUCCAGUCGACACUCUCCAGCCACUAGUCCUAGAGAUAGGAGAUGAUUUUAUGAUGUAGGAGAGGUCACAUUUUGGAUGUAUAGUGACCUAUAUUUGUAUA